ACCGCCUUUUGUGCGCUCUCGGUGGGCUGUGCUCGCGGUAUUUAGCUGCCUUUCGCCUGAUCCAUCUGGCUCUCUCCUGCCCUGACUUCCCGGUUUUGUAGUUACAUCUUUCUCGCUCUUUUCCUCUCUCCUACUUUCGCAGUUCAGCAUGCAGAAAAAAGCUGCCUCCUCAGACGGUUUCCUGCCUAGCUUCCCACGUUUCGCCACGCAGGCCAUCCAUGCGGGGCAGGAUCCGGAGCAAUGGACCUCCCGGGCUGUGGUGCCCCCCAUCUCAAUGGCCACCACGUUCAAGCAAGAGGCGCCCGGCCAGCACUCGGGUUUUGAGUAUAGCCGUUCUGGAAAUCCCACUAGGAAUUGCUUGGAAAGAGCAGUGGCAGCCCUGGAUGGGGCUAAGUACAGUAAGGCUAUCAUGACCCACGCAUCAGUGCCUAAGAAUGACAGAGAUGUCCUUGGAAUUAGUGACACACUGAUUCGACUCUCUGUGGGCUUAGAGGAUGAAGAAGAUAUACUGGAAGAUCUAGAUCAAGCUUUGAAGGCAGCAGUAACUCUUGGAACAGUUCCAUCUCCUGUUGACUGUUACCUCUGCAAUCGAGGUCUGAAGACUCUGCAAGUCCGAAUGGAGAAGCAUUUCAAAAAUGGAAUGGCAGUUGCCCAGUUUCUGGAAUCAAAUCCUCGGGUAGAAAAGGUUAUUUAUCCUGGUAUGUUAAUUUGA